CCAUAUAAAAAGGGUUAUAACCAAAUGAUAAUAGUUUUGUGAUAAAAUAAGAUGACGACAAUCAAUGAACCCACUCAAUCAAAACGACAACAAAAACAACAAAACGACAAUCCCAACACUUCUUCUUCUUCCUUUUUCCAAUGCGCUGAACUACUCCUUCCAUGGCUAACCCCAACAGAACUCGCCAACGUUUCACUCACUUCCAAAACCCUAAACCGCAUUGCCAAAUCCAUCACCCUUCGCCGCAUCUCCGACGUUUCCAGGAACCUCGAGAAUCUUCCAAUCCCAUGUUUGAAUUCAGCGGACGAAGAAUUAUACCCAUACUUCUUCUACACCUCAUCUCAAAUCGCAUCAUCCCGAUUCCCCAAUCGCCAAUCUUGGGGAUCCGCUUUGGCUGUGAAACCCGACCCGAAUGGUCGGGUCGGAGAGGAAUGGGUCGGGCUGGGGGACGGGUGUGAGUGCGAGAGGUGUGAAGAUGGUGAGUACUGCCCUUGUUUGAGGUUUGAUGGGUUGGAGGGUUUGGUGAGUGAGUGUGGACCGAGUUGUGGGUGUGAUUUGGAGUGUGGGAAUCGGUUGAGUCAGAGAGGGGUUUCUGUGAUGUUGAAGAUUGUGAAAGAUGAGAGGAAAGGGUGGUGUGUGUGCUCUGCUCAGUUCAUUUCUAAAGACCAAUUCAUUUGUGAAUAUGCAGGUGAGCUUUUGACUACCAAGGAAGCAAGAAAGCGGCAUCAAGACUAUGACAAACUCGCAUCAAGCGGUGGGUUUUCCUCUGCACUUUUGGUUGUUAGGGAGCAUCUUCCAUCUGGAAAAGCAUGCCUAAGACUCAAUAUCGACGCCACAAGAGUAGGAAAUGUUGCAAGGUUCAUAAACCAUUCUUGUGAUGGCGGUAAUCUCUCAACAUCACUGGUUAGAAGCUCAGGCUCAUUGCUUCCUCGACUCGCCUUUUUUGCUUCCAAAAACAUUAAAGAAGAUGAAGAGCUUACUUUUAGCUAUGGCGGGGUCAGGCUAAGGUCUAAUGGUUCUCCCUGCUUCUGUGGCAGCUCCUCUUGUUUCGGUUGGUUACCUUCGGAAGAGACUUAGUAGGGUAUGGUAUGUUUAACAGAGAUUUGUGUUAUAUACAAAUAUUUUGUUUAAUACGUACAAGUUUUUAUGAGAGUAAGAAGGCUUGAGAAGCCACCAAAAAACAAAGCUAACUCCAUGGAAGAGAACCUUGAAACGCCGAUGAAGAUAAGCCAAACCGGCCAUUAAAAUCCCUUGUGAAGCUAAUAGUGGAAAACGCUGAUGGAAUUGGUUUGGAACUACACAAAACCAAAGGAGUUACAAACCUAGAGGAGCUCAAUGUUGAAAAGGAGAUUUAUAAUUGAGACUUUAUGCAUUUGGGAAUCAAAUUGGUGUAGCUUUGCUUAGUGAAGUACAAAAUUGGUAUGAAUUAACGGUUAUUGUGUUGUAGAUUGUUGUAGAUUCUUAUUGCACUUGCACUACUACUAUAUAUGAAGAAAUUGAUAAGAUAUUUCUAUGAGC